AUGUCACAAAAUAAACAGAAAAAAAAUGGUAAAAAUGAACAUGAUAAUGGCAAAUUGCAAUUAAUCCUUAAAGAAGAAGAUCCAUCGUAUGCUCAAGUACCAUGUAUUUUAAGUAACAGUUGUAAAGAAGCUUUUAUAUUUGCCAAGUACGGAGGACAAAAAAAAAUGUUUAUCUUAUAUUCACAAGAAGAUACGAAAAAGCUUAUUCGUUGUUUACAACUCAAUGGAACAAGUACAACAUUUGUUGUUUAUGGUUCUUUAUAA